UCAUAAAAGUUACGAAGUCCUAAAUAAAGUCGAAACAAGAUGGCGGUCGGUCCGCAAGAAAAUGCCAACUUUUAGCCUAGAUAUGGGUUUUUCUCUCCCAUUUGCCUCUUUGGAGGUGUAGCCAUCCCGUCUGCGUUGACAGCGAUGGCGAAGUUCCCGAAGAGAAACAGAGAAGGAUGAAGAAAGGCUCGACCGGGCCGUCGAAAGCGGCCGUAUCUAUGUCUGCUGCAGGCGUGAGCUCAGUUUUGGCAGAGACGAAAAGAAUUUACAGGUCCAUACUUGAUGCCAUCCAUAGGCUGGAUGAUGGGCUGAGAGACAAGCGUGCAUACAAGGAGGUCUUCCAAGUGCAGAAUGUAGCUCUCCGGAACAGGUUGAAGGAACUGUGUGAGCGCCUGAUGUUUCUACAACCAGCUGACUAUGGAAGAAAAGCAGAAGACUUGUUGUGGAGGAAGGUCUUCUAUGAUGUCAUCCAGGUUCUCAAGCAAAAUAAGAGGCAUGUACGACAUGGCAGCUCCGUGGAAUGUGCCUUCCGCACGCACCUGUCUGCAGCUGCAGGAUUUUACACCCACCUGAUGCUGCGGCUGCAGGCGGAGUUCCAGGUGACCGUGUGGGGCGUGUGCGACUGGCCAAACUUAGCAGACCCUCUUGCAGGAAAACCACGUGUGAAAUCACAACGUCAGGAUGAGAAGGUGCGAGAGUGGGCUAGAAGGGCCUGUCAUCGCUGUCUCAUCUACUUAGGAGACCUGGCCCGCUACCAGCAGGAGUUUGAUGGUGUGAGGAGUGAGAUGGUUGCUGCUCGGUACUACCACCAGGCUAUUACCAUGUUCCCAGACUUAGGAAUGCCACAUAAUCAGCUUGGUACUCUGGCUGGCACCAGCAACCAUGGUGUAGACGCUGCCUACCACUACAUGCGAUGUCUGUCCACCAUCUCCCCAUUUGAGGGUGCAGCAGGCAACAUUCAGCACCUCCUGGAGAAGAACAGGAAACAGUACAACCAGCUGCCGACAGAGGUCAAACGAGACCUCCCUCCACACAAGCAACGGUCUAAAGAUGUGAAGCGGUUGAUCAUCACAUUCCUGUACCUACAAGAGAUGCUCCAUCCUGACUUCAAAGCCAAUGAGCAGGAGCUUGCCAAGGUGUGUCGUGCCGUUUUGGAGGACUUCAACCUGUGCAUGUUUUACGUGCCGCCGACCGAGAGCCGCGGCGCUCGGAAAGGCAACAACAGGGGACAGUGGCUGGACGACGGGCUGGUCUUCAAAAUGGUGGUCAUGUGCCUCAUGGCUAUUCACUCCCUACAGAUAUCUAGUUCUCCCCAGAUGUCUGCAGCUGUGGCAUUCACGCUGGCCUUGUCGUCGCACCUGCUGAACCACAUCAACACGCGGCUGCAGACUGCCCUGUACGAGGCACAGCACCCGCAGGCUAACACAAUCACCUCACAGGACCAAGACAAUGAUGAAACUAAGCCGGACAUGAGCGCAGUCCCUGAUGAAGAUAACUACAGUCAGAGUCAGACACACGAGGAGGUGACUCUGUCAGGGAAUGAUUACAUCAGGAACAGGCGGAGGGUAGGAGAAAGUCAUCGGGAAACCAAGAAAAGAGCCAAGAAGCACAGGAAGAAACUGACAAAACUUCAACAGUUCAGGCGGCGCCGCCGACACGACAGUGGUUCUGACCUGAGUGAAGAGGACCUGAGUGAAGAUGAGUUACUGAGUGUCUCUGAGUCAUCUGAGACGUCUGACAGUGAUGAGUCCACAUACUCAGGUUCGGGUACAGAGUCCGACAGUGACAGUGCUGACAGCCUGAUGGAGAGUCAGGAGCUCCAACCAGGCUUCACCGACGAGAGCAAAACUCCCGAGGCCUGCAACUCUCCCCAGUCUAUCCUAUCCCAGUCUUCAGAAGAACAUGACGUAACGGGCAAGAACGACAAGAUAGAAGGACCCUGUGGUGAAGUGGGAGGGAGCAGGAAGUCUGAAGGGAAGAGCACCCCCGAGCUGAAGGACAUGUCUCCGGAGAUGUUCCAGUCUGUUCAGAACCCUGGCCUGCUGAGGAGGAACAUCAGACUGGCCCCCAGCUUUGACGCUCUCCGAACACCCGGGGAGGGACCUGACACCACACACAACAACAUGGCACACAACAGCAGCAAGGACUCAGUACAGGAUGAGGUUAUAAACCACAGCAUCCCAACCCCAGCCACAAAAUCUGAGCCAGACAACGUAGAUGACGACCUUGACUCGGGGUCAGAGGAAGACGACACCGUCUGUAGCAGCCCUAGUUCCCCUGAGGAGAAACUUUCCUGUCUGUUGAAGGUUUUGACCAAUCAGGGCCUCUUGCCAACCAUCAAGGUCAUCUGUGAUUGGUUGAAGUACAACACCCACAUCAUUAGGACCUGUGCACAAAGCUCUCAGUCCUUGUGGACCAGACUGGCCACACUACUGAACAUGCUGCCUCAGGAGUCACAGCUGUGUGGGUCAGAUGCAGAGCUUGCCAGUGUGCUGCGAGGCCUGUCUCAGAAAGACUGGACCCAGGGUCUCCCCCUGCCUGAGGACGUCCAGCUCAGGAGUGUGCCAGCCCUGGACCAGUCCCACAGGAGGAUCACCAUGGACGUCAGGAACAUGAGAACUCUCACACCACAUCAGCAGACCCUGCUGCGGGUGUGCUGCAUCCAGAACUUUGGCCACUUCCUGGCAGACCUCAAGGUGACGCCCUUCCAGUUUGACUCGGAGCAGAGUCUCUUCCUUGGCCCCUCAGACGUGAAGGAGCUGAGGAAUCAGCGCACCCGGCAGGAACAAGCAGAACUGCAGGCAAAAAAGGCAGAGGAGGAGUCCAGGAGGAACCAGCUGAUGAGGGACAUGGCCCAACUCAGACUGCAGUCAGAGGUGCGACAGCUGGAGGGCAGCCUGCAGGUGACAGGGCAGGCGCUGUCCCCCUACCUGGUCCCAGAUGCCGGCGUGCUGUGUGAUCACAUGCCCAUCAUCAAACAGCUGGCCGCAAGUGCCAGGUUCAUCAUCAUCAUCCCCAGGACAGUGAUUGACCAGUUGGAUGUGCUCAAGAAGGAAAGCCAGCCAGCACGGGAUGCCAUCAGGAUACUGGGGAUGGAAUUCAAGAAGGGAAACAGGUACCUUCGCGCCCAGAAGGACAUUGAACAGGUGAAGGGAGGAGCCAGUGAAAACAGGAAGUUACGCCGACAGGACAUGAAUGCUUGGCACUACUACAAGAUGGUGGACUGCUGCCGCUACUUUGCCGGCCUGAGUACGGAGUGCGACCCCUCCGGUAUGGUGACUAUCCUUACUAGUUUUGACCCGGCGGACACCACGCUGUCAGAACGCCUGCAGUCCGCCAUAACAUCGGCCAAGGAAGCCGGCAUAGAAGUUGGGAACGUGCUUCAGUUUUUCUCUUCAUGGAAAAACCCUAGCUGAAACAGCCACAGAGAGAUGGUGCCCUCGGACUAUACAUUGCACAUGACCAAGAUCAAAAGUCAUGUACAAAACAGCCUAAAAACGUGGCUACAAAAGCGUAGCCAUCAGAAGUUCCAUCCGGGCAGUCACUUAUACUGCCAGGUGAUCAUGGAAAAAGCUGGCUUAACACAAAACCAUGAUGAACAAAAAACUGCGCACGGACCACCAACUUUUGUGCUAAAGCCGUCGUGACAAGGGUGUGAGAGCUAAGUGCAAAGGAACCAAAGCAACAGGUGCCAUCAGUACAGAUGUAACGUCAUCUGGUCGCAAGUAAAUGACGACAUAAGCCAAUGCCGAUGAGCACCAUUACAUAUUUUUGCCACUGAACGCAGGAGAUAGUGCCUGAAUUCUAUACAAAAUCCUACAGGAAAGGUGUAUCAACAAAGAGGCAUACUGUAGAGAAACCUUUGUGUAUCAUUUUUAAAGCAAUUGUAGUCCUUAAAGCUUAUGUAAUUCUUUAUCAUCUAAUGUUUUGCAUUCUUACGAAAGUCUCUAAUGAUAUAUAACCUGCAGCCCUUUUUAUUUUUAUUCUGACUUUAGUCAUUGUAAUAGGCAUUGUACUCCUUGUAAGGGAAUUAUGCAAAAAGCAAGAAUUUUCUGGGCAUGUUUUCAAGUUAUUUGCCCAAUCUCUCUGUAGUGGAUAGCACUGGUGCAUCGAAGGGCUGAGGUCCAAAUGCAGCAACUUUCAGUUAUUGUUUGGAUAGGCAAGAAUACAGCACGAAUGCCUGAUCCCAGAGCAAACUGCCUACCACAGCCUGCCUGUAAGUUGUAGAACACGCAGGGUCUGAGUAAGUGAGCAGACUCCUGCCUUGUUCUGCUGCACAAAUGACUGCCAUUGUCCAUUCCUCAGGUCUACAUUUGUACUUCGUCUUGACUUCAUUGUGUUAUUACUCACUUAAUAGCUAAUACUAGAAAAACUACCAUCGUUGGAUAAAAUGAGAAAAAAUUAGAAAUACGACAUCUCAGAGAGAAAUUCUUUCAUAUUGUCUGAUUUGUUAUUAUAAGACCCAUACAGCCACUUGGCACCGAGCCCAUUGUACUUACGAAUAUAAUGUCAGACUUGCACUUGAGUUUUGAAAAAGGAGAGCUAUCUAUUAACCACCGGACAAUUGGCACGAGACCAGGCAGGCUUGCUAGGUUAACCUUAGACAACUCAACUCUCAAGGACGUCUCAGAAUCAAGCUUUUACUAUUGAUUGAUACGACACGGCUGCCCUUUUUGUUUUGUGUUAUUGGCAGCUUUUUGGAUCAUGUAUUAUUCUGCAUACAAAAUAAACCAUCCAUCUCAUA